GCCGCGGCGGAAUGUGGGGUGCCCGGGCGGUGGCGGCGGCGAUGCCGCGGUGGUGCCGGGCGCUGCACGGCUCCGCCGCCCUGGGCGCCUCCAGGAACCUGCUGCUGCGCAAAAUGCUCCGCAAGAACAAAAAGAAAUUUUGGUAUGACAGCCCUACCCUGGGAUCUAAAAUGAUGUAUAAACCAACCAAGUUGGAUGCCCUAAUGAAAAAUGAGCAGACAAAAACUAGGAGAGAAGAUAACAUACGCUGCAGAGUCUUGAAUGGUCUUAUUCAUAAAGCUAUGUCACAGAUGGUGACUACCUGUGAAGUCAGUCAAGAAUUUUAUGAUCUCAAGCUGGAAAUCUGCAAGGUGUCCCUGUCAUCAAACUUUUCAGCAUGUCGUGUGUACUGGAAUCCUGCUGCUACUAUGGAGAAAGAAAGCCAUGUGGAAAGUGUGCUGCGGAAGAGCGCUCCACGUAUACGGUAUCUUCUGAAGAGUCAGCAAAUUCUAGGAAAUGUACCCCCAAUAAUAUUUAUAAAAGACAAAGAAGCUGCAGCUGUGAAAGAGGUCGAGGACUUAUUGGCAAUUGCUGAUUUUGGACCUCCUGAAGAAGAAGAAGAAAUAUUUGAAAAUGAUUCAAGUAAACUGUUCUCUUCAGCAACUCAAUCUUCAGGGCCACCCAUGCGGUCUAAUCUGUUUGGUAUUGACCAUGAACUGCUGAAUAAACAGAUAAUGGACUAUAAAAGACUGAAAGUGUCAAGACAUAUAGAAAGUAUUCCCUGGACGCAAGAGCAGGAGCAGCAGCUUUCUAAGAUUCGGAAGAAAAUGAAAAAGAGAAAACCCAAGAAUCCUGAUGAUGACGACAUUACACCACAGAAAUACUUACUGGACAAAUAUGACGCUGAUUACUGGGAUGAUAACACUGAAUCGGUCUCAGACUAUGAGUUGGAGGAAGAGGUAAAGGAAUUGGAGAUGGAUGAUGACAAACAUUUAAGUCAUCCUGCUGAUAAACUAAAAUGAAGUGAAAAAGCCAUUCCUUUCAAAGUGGAGGAUACCAAUAGCAAAAGAAAAAGACUGCCAUAGACACUGAAAGGUUGUUUACCUGUUUACCACUUCCAUAUGUAAGAAAAACAAAAAUGCCAUUUGUGAUAUUCUGUUAAUCACCUUUCAAGCUGCUACAGUUGUGGAACUUUGAACAAGAGAGCAGUUUUAUAAUAAAAUACACCAAUUGCAGCACUGAGGUAAAACUUCUUGCAGUUGUGCUGAUUAUUUCCAAUAAAAUUAUAGUUUCUA